GGGUCAUCAGGUACCGGAUUGUCUGGAUCGACAGCCGGCACCGGGUCAUCUGUCGUUGGAUCGUCUGGCUCGACAGCGGGCAUCGGGUCACCAGGCAUGACAGCGGGCACUGGGUCACCAGGCAUCAGGUCAUUUGGCUCGCCAGCGGGCACCGCGUCAUCUGGCAAGGCAGUGGGCACUGAGUCACCAGGCACGACAGUGGGCUCCAAGUCAACUGGCAUUGGAUCGUCUGGCCCGACAGCGGGCAUCGGGUCACCAGGCAUGACAGCGGGCACUGGGUCAUCAGGUACCGGAUCGUCUGGAUCGACAGCGGGC